UUUAGUGCGUUUUUGAAAACGUUUGAUCACCGCAAAUCGUUCGCCGAAGUGCCCAAGUGUUGCCAACAAGCGAAAGUUUAGUCCCAACUCGCCCGCCCGUCAAAAGUUGCCAGUGAAAUCUUUUUUGUAAUUUAAUUACACGCUCGUAAAGCAGCACAAGCAGUUUCGAAAACAAAAUAUAUAAAAUGGCUUUCAAGGUUAUUUUCGUUCUUGCCGCUUUGGUUGCCUGCGCGCAUGCCAGACCCGGCGGCCCAGCGGCCUACUCCAUCUCCGCGCCCAGCGUAGACCACGCCUCCGUGGGCAGCUCGCAGGAGCACACCGUCAAGGGUCACUAUGGACAAUCCUCGCAGUCGGAGUACUCCAGCGCCGUGCAGACCGCGCAUUCGCAAUCGCACGUGCAACGCUCGAGCAUCAGCAAUGACGCCGCCCUCGCGCCACAUGUUGGUGGUCAUAUCAUCGCCGCCGCCGCGCCCAUCGCUCAUGCUUAUGCCGCGCCGACCGCCUACGCCGCGCAUGCGUACACCGCACCGGCAGCCACCAUCAGUCAUGGCUAUGCGGCACCCGCUCUAGCGUUGGCGCACUCCGCGCCCGCUCUCUCGCAUGGCAUCACCUACGCUGCGCCGGCUGCGAGCUAUCAUGCUCCAGCUUACAGCGCGAGCUACCACGCUCCCGCUUACAGCUACGCAGCUCCAUCGUAUAGCUACCAGGCGCCAGCUAUACAGUAUGCCGCUGCCACUGCGCCCGCCGCCUAUGGACAUUACGCCGCCGCCCCUGCUGCUCUUUCGCAUAGCUAUGUCGCCGCCGCGCCCGCCGCCACAUUGAAAUACGCUUCGGCACCCGCUUAUGUUGCACCUGCAGUUCUUGGACAUGGUUUACCACUCGCUGCCCCAGCCUUGGCGCCACUUGCUGUUAAGACCCUCGCCGCACCCGCUUUAGUGCAUACCGCCGUCGCUGGGCAUGGCGUGCAUUACGGUUACUAAGCAGACACAGUUAAGCGAACCGGAGCGUUGGGAGCGACGGAGAGUAGGAGUGAGUGAGAGAGCAGCCGUAAUGAGUGGAGACGGAAGCGCUGAACGCGAAGCCACAGCACGCCAACGUCGUGACACUAAAUAACAAAACAAAAAACAAAAAUAAAAAAUUAAAAUAAAAACUAAAAAUAAAAAUAAAAAUAAAAAAUAAAGCAAAGCAGCAAAUAAGAAAAGAAGAAAACAGAAUAUUACACAAAUAUGUAGGAUAACAGCAGGAAAUUACAACAAGAACACAAACACAAAAAAGCAUUGCUCAACCACAGCCACGUGCAACAAUGAUGUCAGCAACAACAACAGCAGCAGCAACAAACACCACAACAAUGAAUAACAAUUAAAGCAACACACAACAACAAUAAAACACGCAUAAAUGGCGAACAAGCAAAAACAACAAAA